AUGCCACCCUACUGGUCUUGCAAUGCUACUCCCCACGCUCUAUGCUCUGUGCACCCUUUGUGUGCGGCCUCCACCCUCUCUAAUACUUUCCCCCCCUGCCACCUUAUUCUCUCCUUCCCUGCCACCUUAUUCUCUCCUUCCCUGCCACCUCCACACCUCUCCCCCUCAUUUCCCACUGCCCUCUUGACUUCUCCCCUUAGCUCGCCCUCUUCCCCUCUUCCCCUCUUUCCCCAACUCCUCUCCCCCCCCGCCCCCUCUCAACCAGCAGCGCAACCCCAGUGUGAUGGUCGGCACGGACGCGCAGGGCUGGUUUUGAAACGCCACUCCCCACGCUCUGCCCCUCCAACGCUCCCCAUUUCCCCCCUCCUCCACCCCCACCCCUCUCGCAGCCAGCAGCACAACCCCAGUGUGAUGGUCGGUACAGACGCGCAGGGCUGGUUUCGCAACGCCACUCCUCGGGCAACCGAAAUUUUCGGCAACGCGUACGAGCACGCACUCAACACCGGGAUUCUUUUCUUCCGGGCAUCCCCCGAUUCUGUCGCGCUAGCGUUGACGUGGCACCACGCCAUGCGGACUCGAGGGCGCAGCGAGGGGUGGGAGAAGAUAUGGGGAGACCAGCAUGCGUUCAAUAUGCUGCUCCGAUACAAGAUGUUUCCCAUACAGGUCGUCUCCUCCCCCACCACGGGUCGCCCCAUCAGCAACCGGGUGUUCUGGGCCUUCUCCCGUCGCCUCAAGCUCGCGCUGCUGCCCCUCGUUCUCUUCUGCAACGGCCACGUCUUCUUCGAGCAGCAGAUGCCCAGGCGGAUCGGGGUCACCCCCUACGCAGUGCACAGCACGUUCCAGUUCCACUAUGGCGCCGGGAAGAUCGGGCGGUUCAGGGAAGCGGGGCUGUGGGCUCUCGACCCCCCCGAGUGUUGGCUGGUAGGUCUAGUUCAGAUUCCGCUCAUGCCUCCCAUACCCAACGCGCCCCCUGCCCUGAUCAUGCAUGCUCUCUCCCGCUUCCUCCUCAACUCCCAACGACCCGCUCUCCCUUCCCCUGCCAUCUCUCUGCCCAGGUUCUACACCCGAGGAAACUUCCUCUCGUUCGACGUGAAGCUUCCUGUAUGGAUCGAGGCCAUGCCCACAGGCAUAGACAAGCACCAGGCAACCAUCGAGUACGCUUAUGCUGUAACCCGUAAAGCCCUCGCCAUUGCUCGGCUACUUAACCGCUUCCUCAUCCUGCCUCACGUCACUUGCUACUGCGACCGGUGGUGGGACAGCCUGUGGGAGCCGUGCAGGGCACCUGGCGGAGACAUAGACCCUCCAUUCACCUGCCCAAUAGACCUCUUCAUAAAUCCCAUGGCUUGGGGGUCGGAUCCAACUACCAUGGUCUAUCGCCCAGCUUCCUUCCUCUCUUUCCCGCAAGUCCCCAACGAGAUUCGCCUGUCAAAAGCUGUCGUGGGAGUUCGGUACGGGUCCGUUUUGGGUGAGGAGGCUUCCUCGCGCGUUCCUGCAGCUGGUGAGGAGCUUUUUGCGAAGCUUCCUUCGGACCAGCUACUCCGUUCAGAGGGAGAAGGGGUGCAGAAACAUGGAGAAUCGGUACCAGGGUAUUCACUAGAAGGCGGGAACAGGAGGGUAGAUUUUAGGAACAGGGGAAGUGUGCAGGAUGACAGGAGAGAAUUGGGGAAGGAGGAGGGCAGGAGAAUAGGAGGAGAGCAGGAGGAGAGGGGAAGCAGGAGCGAGGGCAGGGAGAAAGAGCGGGUGUUUUUACCUGCCAAUGCAACGGAUGGAGAGGUGCAGAGGAGUUUGGGAGGGUUGGACUCGGUGAGAGUGCUUCAUCUGGCCGAUGCUGCUCACUCCUUCUGCCGGCACGUUGACGCAGACACAGUGGAUGCUUUCGACAAGCUCACUCUAGCCUUUUUCACUCUCGAAUGUGCACUAAUGAGGUAUGCAUGCAGGGAAGUAGUACCUAUGUUUGCCGUGGUGUUGUGCGGUGCAGCAGGGUGUGAUGCGAUGGAGUGCGAGGUGAUGCGGUGGGAUGGAUCCUGCAAGGGAAAUAAUGAAAUGUGUUGUUGA